UUUCUGGAUUCGACAGAUGAAUAUUAAGGAAAAGGAGCAGAAUAAACUUCUAGGAGAAAGUUUCCCUCGCUGCUCUGGUGGAUUUCACUCCUUCUCUUCUGCCGUUCCUCGUCUCAUUCUUUCAUGUGACCUUCAAUUGAGUCGGAAUUUUUGGAACCUGCUCAGGAAUUCUUGAGGACAAGGCGUCGGUGAUCUCCUCCCUCUCUAUGACACACCUCUCUGUGACCUAUAAAAGCCCAUCCCAUCCUUGUAGGUAUAUCUAACAUGAGGAGCAGAGUGCUAUCAUCAAUCUAUGUCAGAAGCAGUAGGAUCACAACCAGCUAUGUAAAGGAGUUGCACAUACUCUGCAGCAGCAAAAUGAUAUCUUCUAUCAAUGGAGCAUUGUGCCGGGCAGCAUGGAGUCAUUGUUGCCCUGUUCUUGACUCUCAGGCUUGGGCGUUGGCAUUGUCAAGAAGCGGAAAUCUUCCCACCAUUCAACCUAGAAAUUCACAGUGAUUCAGCGCACCAGCGUUUACUAGUGGAAUGGAAUGUGAGCAAAAAGCCGAACGAGACCGUUACCGACAUAAUGUAUCACAUCCAGGUGACCAGGUCUGAAAACAGGAAUGUAAUCACAAAUAAAUACUUGAAACCAGACCUUUCCAGAAGUGGAAGGACUUUCAGCUGGACCUGGGAUUCUCAGCUUCCUUGAAUGUGACUCCCAUUCUGUCCGUAUUCGGAGUAAAGGUGUAGGAACUGUUCCCACAGCGGAAAUGAACUGGAGUGAAUGAGUCCUUGGAAAACCCAUCAUGGACAGAACAGAGGGAGAACCCGCGCAGUAAUUUACCCGCGUGACCGGGUGGUUCUGGAGGGGUCCGAUGUCACUUUUUGCUGUUUGCCCGGACAGGAUCAGACUGUACAGGGAAUGACCUACAGUAGUCGUGCGGUGACGCCAUCCCUCGACAUGGGAACGGACAGUUAUGUGAUCACAGUAAAAAAUGUCACGAUUACAAAGUCGGAUGGAAGCAAUGUCCAAUGUAUGGUGGAUAAGAAAAAUAACGAAGCCACUCCCGGGACUGUGCUUAUCGUCAGCAGAUUACCAGACAAACCCAAGAACUUCUCAUGUGAAACCCAAGAUCUGCUGUCUUUAAGAUGCAGCUGGAACCCUGGAUCAAUGCAUAACUUUCUUAGGAUUCUCAGGGUCAAUUACGUCCUACAAGAAUGGUUUUCCAUGAAAAACUAUACCUGCCUCAGAGAUCACUGCGAUUGGACGAUUCAGAAGAACCAGCAAAUGUAUAACUUUACAUUGACUGCUAAAAAUGUAAUGGGGGAGAGAAGCACCAGCUCCAUUGUAUAUCUACAUGAGAGAGUUCUACUUCUGGCUCCUUCCAGUCUGAGAGCGGAUGACGUGAACGCCUCCCACAUCACACUAACCUGGUCUCUGAGAGCAGAUUACACUUCUCUUCAGAUCCAUUGUCAGGUGGAUCUUCAGGAGGACCUGGUCAAUCUAACGACUAAAGGAAAACUUCCAACCGAGAUAUACAGAGUCAUCGUCAGCGGGUUACAGCCGUAUACACAGUACAACCCGAGAGUGCGCUGUAUGGCGGCAUCGUCACUGGCAGGGUGGAGCAAAUGGAGUUACCUUGUGGUCAGGACGCAGGAAGACGCGCCUGCAGGAGCUCUGGAUGUAUGGAGACGUAUUGAUGAUGAUGAUGAUAAACGGAUUGUGACCCUCUACUGGAAACCGUCGUCACUAUUUAGGGCGAAUGGAAAUAUCUCUCACUAUAUUAUAAAAUUCUGGCCACUAGAAGGCACUCCUGUGGAAAGAGAGAUCAGCGGCUCAGACGUGAACAGCUCCCGAUUUUCUAUAGGAAGGCAGGCUUAUGCUGUCAGCGUCACCGCCCAUAAUAAAGCUGGAGGAUCGCCGCCUGCGGAACUGAGGAUCCCUGCAAACAACAGAAAUGGCGCAGAGCAGAUAGUAGUUGAGAGAACAUACAGUAAAGAUGGAGAAAUUUACCUAUCAUGGCAGCAGGAGCGUGGUGCACGUGGAUAUGUGGUGGAAUGGUGCCCUGCGCCCAGAUCUCCUCAUUGUGACCUUCAAUGGAAAAAGUACAACUCCAGCGUCCAGAGCGACGUCAUUAGAUCACAUGUCUUCAGACCAGGAGUGAGAUACGACUUCAGAAUAUACGAAUCUAUGGCAGAUGGAGAACACCUCCUGAAGAAGAAGGAGGGCUACACAGAGGAACUGGUAUCUUCUGUGAAGCCGAAUGUGAAAAUCACCAGCAUCGAACCCAGGUCAAUGUUCUUGGAUUGGUCGCCAUAUCCAACGGAUGAAACUCAGGAAGGAUUUAUUAUCGGAUACAAUGUCUAUGUGACCGAAACUAAAGAGAAGGACUGCCACCUGGAGAAAGCCGACGAACGCACACAGCUUGGUGACUUUCAUGUCUGCAGAUUUUAUAUUGGAGAUCCCCAUAAAAUGCACAUCAGGAUCAAUGGUCUAAAACCAAAUGGAAAAUAUGAGGUCGCUGUUGUGGCCAUCACUGGUGGAGGAGAAACUUCUGCAGAAUUUUCUAAAGCUCAUACCCCCUCUGACACCGGAGCAGCGCUACUCUCUAUAAUUGUGCCGAUCAUAACCGUGUCAGUGCUGGCACUAAUCCUACUAUUUCUAGGAUGCUGGAAACGGGCCUGGCUCAAGAGAAUAUGUCUUCCUGAUAUUCCAGACCCUAACAAGAGCAAAAUAUUUUCCUUCCCAGGAACAAAGAAUGCAUUGAAUAGAAAUAUCCUACUGACCCCCAACCAUGAACCUCAAAUGGUGGACAUUGUCAGCAUCCAGGAACAGUGUCGACAUAAACCACAUGAAGACCCAAAAGAGUCCUCCGAACAUCAACUACAUGAGAUCCACAGCAACAUCCAGAUGAAAGAAGGAAGCGAGUGUGACGAAGACGUCAGCGAAAGUUAUGUUCCUUGUGAUGAUGAGCUUCUUGUGAUGAACUCUUUCUAUGCACCAAUGAAUGAUCCAUCAUAUGACUCCCAGUCACUUCCCCACCUGGAGUUCUUCAACCAGAACUACACCAGCACAACGGAUGGAAGAGAGGACACAAGUGCAGCAGGAUACAGACCUCAGAUGAACACGGCACAAGUACAUAGUCUGCCCUACACUGUGCAGUCUAUGCAUUCAGAAGCAGGACUUGAUAAUACAUCCAUCUGCUUUAAUAGCAUUGGUUAUGGUAGUGAACCGAUGAGCCCGACCUCUGUGGGGUCAACUGCAUUCAUACUAGUAGACUGAUGGGAACUUUAUCUGCAUUAAAUUGUUGGACUUUAAAAAGACACUUAGGCAUUAAACGUAGACUUUAAGUAAAUGUUUAUGUACUGUAGCUUCAAUGGGGAAUGUUCAUUAGAAGACAUGGACCUGUAGAUGAAACCUGAGAAAAAGUUGCCUUGUUCCUUCUCCCAACUGAUCAAGUACAGUUCAUAUGUUCUUGAUUGCCGUAGCACACUUGUCAUGGUAUAUAUAUCUGACCCUGGUCAACUCGAAAAUUGUCCUCCUUCUCUAUGCGUCUCCCUUACUACCUCAAACCAUAAAGUUCAUCCUCAUCUUCACAUGUAUUGCUGCACUAGACCUUGUGUCCCACAUCCCCCACUUAUGCCUACUCUUAUUGCUUUUGACACAUCUAAUUUCAGCUCCAGGACCCACUAUUGUAUCCCUUCAUUGCUGAUCAGGUUCUCCAAACACCUGAUCCAGAGCCUGGUCUUGGGAGGGGCACUUUCCGAUUAUUUUCUGUCCGCCGCCACAAGACUACACAGUGUAGAGGUAUACUGUAUAUUGUGUGGCAC